UCCCCAUCUCCAGCCUCCCCCUCCCCCUUGUGUCAGCAUUCACCUGCCUCCCUCCACACUUACCAGAACCAAAAUGGCAUGGAAUUGCCAAGGGAGACCAUCUGACACCCCUUAGGACACCCCAGGCUUGGCGCCCUUGAUUCCGAACCCCAGCCACAUCAGGACAUAGACCACCUUCCAUCUUCUCCCCCGAGCCCGAGGAAAAGGGAAGAGGAUGAAGGGUGGAGGGUAGGAUUUGAGUGGUCACCUUGAUGCCAAAGGUACAUCAUAUUCAGAUUCCUGUCAGUGCUGACGACUUGUUGAGAGUGACGUUUAGCACAAUACUUCGAAGAAACCUAAAACCUCCCUCAAAAAACCGAACAAAAGGCUGUAUAAAGACUUACUUGGCACCUCCACUGGAAAAGGCUUCAUGGCCAAAUACAGCAGAUGUGGGAGGCGCUCCUCGCAGGCAUGCGCAACCGGGAGAACAGCUCGCCCUGCCAGGGCAACGGGGAGCCGGCGGGCAGGGGCAAGGCCCCGGGCAUGGGGUGGCCCGGCGACGAGGAGCCCUGCAACGACGCGACCGCCCCGUCCUACAAGAAGCCUCUGUACGGCAUCUCGCACAAGAUCAUGGAGAAGAAGAACCCCCCGGCCGGGGACGGGCUCAGCACCUACGAGCUCUUUGAAAAGGCGAACGCCAGCAACAGCCCGUCCCCGCUGCGGCUCCUGAACGAGCCCCAGAAGCGGGACUGCGGGGGUGGGGGCGGGGCGGCGGCGGCCAGCGACGGGGACCCCAACAUCUACUUUCUGAUCCAGAAGAUGUUCUAUAUGCUCAACACGCUCUCUUCCAACAUGUCCCAGCUGCACAGCAAGGUGGACCUGCUGUCGCUGGAAGUGAGCCGCAUCAAGAAGCAGGUGAGCCCCAGCGAGAUGGUGGCCAAGUUCCAGCCACCCCCCGAGUACCAGCUCACGGCGGCGGAGCUCAAGCAGAUCGUGGACCAGAGCCUGUCGGGCGGCGACCUGGCCUGCCGCCUGCUGGUGCAGCUCUUCCCGGAGCUCUUCAGCGACGUGGACUUCUCCCGCGGCUGCAGUGCGUGCGGCUUCGCGGCCAAGCGCAAGCUGGAGUCGCUGCACCUGCAGCUCAUCCGCAACUACGUGGAGGUCUACUACCCGUCGGUGAAGGACACGGCCGUGUGGCAGGCCGAGUGCCUGCCGCAGCUCAACGACUUCUUCAGCCGCUUCUGGGCCCAGCGGGAAAUGGAGGACAGCCAGCCCGGCGGCCAGGUCCCCGGCUUCUUCGAGGCCGAGCAGGUGGACGCGGGCCACUUCCUGGACAGCAAGGACCAGGAGGAGGCCCUGUCCCUGGAGCGGAGCAGCACCAUCGCCUCGGACCACGUGGUGGACACGCAGGACCUCACCGAGUUCCUGGACGAAGCCUCGUCGCCUGGCGAGUUCGCCGUGUUCCUUCUGCACCGGCUCUUCCCCGAGCUCUUCGACCACCGUAAGCUGGGCGAGCAGUUCAGCUGCUACGGGGACGGCGGCAAGCAGGAGCUGGACCCGCAGCGGCUGCAGAUCAUCCGCAACUACACGGAGAUCUACUUCCCCGACAUGCAGGAGGAGGACGCCUGGCUGCAGCAGUGCGCCCAGCGCCUCAACGACGAGCUCGAGGGCCUGGCGCUGGACGGCGGCAGCGAGGGCGAGGCGGCCCGCGACGACUGCUACGACUCCUCCAGCCUGCCCGACGACAUCUCCGUGGUCAAGGUGGAGGACAGCUUCGAGGGCGAGCGGCCCGGACGGCGGUCCAAGAAGAUCUGGCUGGUGCCCAUCGACUUCGACAAGCUGGAGAUCCCGCAGCCCGACUUCGAGGUGCCGGGCGCCGAGCGCCUGCUCAGCAAGGAGCAGCUGCGCAGCAUCUACGAGAGCAGCCUGUCCAUCGGCAACUUCGCAUCGCGCCUGCUGGUGCACCUCUUCCCCGAGCUCUUCACGCACGAGAACCUGCGCAAGCAGUACAACUGCAGCGGCUCCCUGGGCAAGAAGCAGCUGGACCCGUCCCGCAUCAAGCUCAUCCGCCACUACGUGCAGCUGCUGUACCCGCGCGCCAAGAACGACCGCGUGUGGACGCUGGAGUUCGUGGGCAAGCUGGACGAGCGCUGCCGGCGCCGGGACACGGAGCAGCGGCGCUCCUACCAGCAGCAGCGCAAGGUCCACGUGCCGGGCCCCGAGUGCAGGGACCUGGCGAGCUAUGCAAUCAACCCCGAGAGGUUCCGAGAGGAGUUCGAGGGGCCCCCGCUGCCCCCCGAGAGAAGCAGCAAGGACUUCUGCAAGAUCCCCCUGGACGAGCUGGUGGUUCCCUCGCCCGACUUCCCGGUGCCUUCGCCGUACCUGCUGUCGGACAAGGAGGUGCGCGAGAUCGUGCAGCAGAGCCUCUCCGUGGGCAACUUCGCCGCGCGGCUCCUGGUCAGGCUCUUCCCCGAACUCUUCACUGCCGAGAACCUGCGGCUGCAGUACAACCACUCGGGCGCCUGCAACAAGAAGCAGCUGGACCCCACGCGCCUGCGGCUCAUCCGCCACUACGUGGAGGCCGUGUACCCGGUGGAGAAGAUGGAGGAGGUGUGGCACUACGAGUGCAUCCCGAGCAUCGACGAGCGGUGCCGCCGCCCCAACAGGAAGAAAUGCGACAUCCUCAAGAAAGCCAAGAAAGUGGAGAAGUGACCGGCGGGGGGGGGCCCCCCACCCCCGGGGACCCGGCGGUUCUUUUAGAGCACGAGGACGGUGUCCACAGACGCGCACCUUAUGUCCGUGGGGAGCGGCUUAGUCCAUUUGCACACGUGAACACCACCCAGCCACAAGUGAGCGAGGCCCUGCGCUUGGUCUCUCCCCCUCCCGACUCCUGUCCUGUGUCCCCGCGGGGCAGCCGCAGCCGGGGAGGGCGCUGAGCCCGGAGAGUAGAGGGGCCUCAGGAGUAGGGUUCUCCCCUUGGCGGCGUCCCCUGCCCCCUGCGAUUUCAAAUGCAUAUUCAGCAGCUCUCCUCUCUCCCGUUCCUCUUCCCACAUUUUACAUCUUCCAUUUUUAUUAAAAAAAAAUUUUUUUUAAUUAAAAAGAAACCCUUUUUAAGGGGAAAAAAGAAAUCAGUGGGCUCUUUGGGGGCCGCUUUACUUAGAAAAAUUAUCUCUUAAAUAUUGGAGAUGAAGUACUGUAAGAUGACUUCAGUUGCUGGGAUUCUUUUUUUUUUUUUUAAAGAUGGUUUCAGAUUUAUGAAAUUUUUAGAAAUGCCAUGUUCCUGCAUGAUGGCUAAUAAUAGCUCCGGGUGGCAUAGAGACCGAUUUUACUGACCUUGUCUUUUACAUCCGACUUUGGAAGAGUCAAGAUGCCCCUUGGAUGGCAGUAGAGGGGAUGGAAUAGUGUGACGUCCUUUCCCACCAUGGUUGCAUUCUCCCUUCCGCUGCGGUGCUGAGGAAGGGGCCCACUCACGCGACCUGGCCUAUUCCUAGUUGCCAUGUCGGUAGAAUGUUGUGCUCACUCUCUGUAGACGAGAACACUGGAUGAUGAUGAUGAUGAUGAUGAUGAUGAUGACAUGAAUGUAGAUAGACGUGGAAACACGUACACGAUGUCAUUCUGAGCUGUGUCCUUCCACUGCCCCCUUCCCUCUCUACACAAGGAUGCUGUUUGGCGGGGCGGACACAUUUCCUUGAAAAACAGUGUGUGUGUGAAUAUUUGGCUUCUUGUUUGAUUGAAGGAGGGACCCCUCUGGGCUCUCCAGAGCUGUUUACUUUCCGUGUGUGUAUUUGUGCAACACCCGGGUUCUGGGAGCUGUCUGGUGGCUUCACCACGCCUCAGUGUUGGCCCCUCCCGUCAAUAGCACAUCCUUGUUCCUCAGGGCAAGCCCAGGCCUUGGGCCCUCUUGGGGAUACCUGGCAUUGGAAGGUCACAGGUCAUUCAAAUGGGGCUCCCCUGUCCCUUCCCAGGAUCCACUCAGCUGUCCCCUCACAACCCCCCCCCCCCCCCAAAGCUCUGCUGCCCUACAUCUGGCCGGUCCCGUGGCCUUGGAGUCAGACCUCUCUUCUUUCCUCACUGCUGGGGAAGGUCAGACUGCUCCAGGCCAGUGGCGUACUCUCCAGGACAUCCCGUCAGCAAAUUCCCCAGCAGGUCAAGUCCUGAGAAACAGUACUUUUUACCUACCUGAUCUUGGGGUCCAGCUCCCUAAGAGGGAAAGGAAACCGUGUAACUCAAACUGAACACUUCAUCCCAGAAACUUAGAAUAUGAACUGAACCACACAGGGUCAUCCUGAAAUCCUUGUGGAAUGUUGCAGAUUUAAUAACCUAGUGGCUUAAUGUUUUGCUACCUUAAAAUGCAGAAAUAAUAGAAACAAUCUGUGAAUUUUGCCUGCACCCAGAGGGCCUUUUUCUUUCUUUCUUUCUUUCUUUCUUUUUUUUUAAUGACAGGAUUUUGAGCAAUGUAAAGUUGCCAAUCUGACUUUAGUAAAUUUGCUUUUAAAUGUCAUUUACAGAUUAUUUCUGUUGAAACUGCAGACCUAAAUUAUUGAAAUUUAGAAAUGCACAGGGACUUAAUGACUCUGUCUCACACACACACACACACACACCCCCACCCACAUGUGCACACACAUUUCUUCUUACUAAAAAACUUAAGUGGGACGAAGGGGACCUACAUGAAUAAGGAGCUCAGCCUCUUUGUGCCUGGAAAGAAGGGACUAGAGCAGCCAGGAAACUCCCCCCCCUCCCCCCACUUGGGCCUUUCUCUAUGCCUUAGUCUCUCCAACACACACUUGCGCGUGCGUGCACACGCCCUACCCAAAGACGGCAGUGGCACUCUCGCCCGCCAGCCCUGUCGUGGUUGGAGAGUGCCGUGGAAUUUGUCCUGGUCUCUAGGAUGUGUCCGAGAGGAUUCCAAGCCAUGUGAAAAUUGCCCUGCUUUCUAGAGGGUGGACUAUGACCCUACAACUUCAGAAGCACAAUCAUUUAUUAAUAAUAAAAAGUCCUGUCUCCCCACGUCAGAGAAAUCAACAAGUUCUAGGAAUGAAAUGUGUUUUCUUCACAACCUAGAGCAUGUUCAGUUUUUGGAAACUGCAUUUUGGUGGUUUCCUUAAUACCUUUCCUGUGUAGGGCUUCCCCCCCACCCGCCCUGUCCCUUGCCUCCCCCUACCCAACCCAUCUCUCACCCCACCUACUCCCCCACACCUACCACCCCACCCCACCCCACCCCACCCCGGGCCCAAAUCUUAGAGUCCCUUUCAGUGAAGAGAGGUGGACACACUCUGGGAGUUGUUUCCUGUCCCUCUGGACCGUCUCAUCAGGAAACACCUGCAGCUCCUGCGUCCGUCUGUAUGGUGUCCUCAGUUCUCCAGCCAUACAGGUGGGCUCCAGGGCAGUUUUUUAUGUGAAGCAAUAGAAGUACAAGAUACUUAACUUUUGUUUUCAAAAUUUACUAUUUUCCAUAAAAUGUGUUGGUAAACCCCAUCCUCCUCCCCAUCUAAACUCUGGGUUUUACUUGCUUGUUUUUGGAUUAUUUUUUUUCCCCUUUGUAUCCAGAGGACUAAAGAAUUAGCACAGACACAUUCUGAUGUUAAGUAAAAUAGCAAGUCACAAUAGGUGGUAGUGACCCUCGUUUUCUCCGUUAGUAAGUCUUAAAAGAAUGUAUGAAGGUAGUCAUGAAUGUACUAAGUGUUCUAAUCCUGCUUCAGUUCACUUUGGCUGUGUCUACAUGACAACAAAUGUUUGACAGGGAAUAAAGUUGUGUCUAGUGUCAUGGGCGUUAGUGUGCCCCUCCCCCUUCAGCGUUGGCCCCAGAUCUUCCUUUUUUUUUAAGUUUGGGUGGAGGGGGUAACCGUCGGCAGCAAUCAUCAACCAACCAAUGGGAUCUACUUAGCGGUGAAAGGCUUCGCCGUUUAAAUGGUAAGUCACUGGCCUGACCUCGCCGCAGCAUGGCCACUGGGGUUCCUCUAGAGAUGGCCUCAGUUUCCACCUUCCCCCCCAAAUGUUUGCUUCUUGUCUGAUUGCAGAGGGGUCCUGAGACCCCCGUUUGGAGGUCCUUGCGAUCUCUCCCCUGCCCGGCUGUGUGGCUAGCAGUAGGAAGUGGAGGUGGGGGCCAAGGGGCUGUUAAUGCCAUUUGGAAAUACUUGCCUCGUGUAGAUCCAGCCUUAAUGUUCUUCUGACAUCCUAGUGAAAGCAGACCCUGCACAAAGUGGAUAUCAGAGUUAAUACUGUGAGGAGACAAAAUAAUGAGCAUAGUUUUACCAAAGAUAAUGAAAUACCGCAUAAUGUCUGCAUCUUACCAUUGAUUUGAGUGCAUCCUUAGAAAACUGAAUGUAACAAAAAACAAAACAAAACAAAACAAAACAAACCCAGGACAUUUUUGGAAAUUGUAUGCUCUCUAGCAACUUUGUGUGAAUUUUUAUACAAGCACUGUUUUAUGAGUUAUAUAAAAUGUUAUAAAAAUAGAAAAAAAA